CUAUCAUCUCUGUUACAAACUAUUAGAACAUAACCUAACUUAACCUGACCUGACCCGACCUGACCCGACCUUAGCGCAAUGCAUAAUACCCUGUCGCCACAAAGCAUGGAGAAUAUAACAAGAGCCCAGACCAAGGACGGCGCGGCCGGCCCCUACCACCUGGCUCUGGAAGGGGUGCUGGUGAUGUGCAUAGUGUGGCUGUUCACCGCCAAGAAGAAGCCGUCAAAGAACAUGCGUUUGACCCCUAAGGAGGAGGAGGAGCUGCUGAGGGAGUGGGAGCCUGAGCCGCUGGUCCCCCACCCCCCCCGGCCUGACCACCCUGCCCUCCACCCUCGCACGGUCUAUGGCAAGCCAGGAAAGUAUGUAGACAUCGGCACUGGCACUCCGCUCUUGAACCUGGCGACACACAGCUACCUGGCACUAGGGGAUCGGCCGGAGGUGGUGGAGGGCGCCCUAACCUGCCUCCACCAGUAUGGGGUCGGCUCCUGCGGCCCGAGGGGGUUCUACGGGACGACGCAGGUCCACCUUGAGUUAGAGGAGCAACUGGCGGCUUUCUUCGGCACCGAGGCGGCUGUUCUCUACGCCUACGGCUUCUCCACCUCCGCCUCCGCCAUCCCUGCCUAUGCCAAGAAUGGAGACAUCAUUUUUGCGGACGAGAUGAUCAACUUUGCCCUCCAGCGCGGGUUGCAGGCGAGUCGCAGCAAGAUCGUCUAUUUCCGCCACAAUGACCUUGACCACCUGAAGGAGCUGCUGGAGGAACAGGAGAAGGCUGACAAGAAGGACCCCCGCCGCGCCAACGCCACCCGCAAGUUCCUGGUGGUUGAGGGCAUCUAUUUCAACACUGGCCAGCUGUGUGACCUGCCCGGGCUGGUGGCACUGCGGCGACGGUACAAACUGCGGCUCUUCCUGGACGAGAGCGUGUCCUUCGGUACCCUGGGGAGCCGCUGCAGGGGCGUGACCGACCACUAUGGGGUGCCGCUGAAGGAGGUGGACCUGCUGAUGGGCACACUGGAGGGGGCUGGGGGCUGCGCGGGGGGCUUCUGCGUGGGGACGGACUUCGUUGUGGAGCAUCAGAGGCUCUCCGGACUGGGGUACUGUUUCUCCGCUUCCCUUCCACCUAUGCUUGCCGCGGCCUCCAUGAAGGUGGUGGAUGUGCUGGAGAAGGAGGGCGGCUACUUGGUGGAGACUCUUCAAGACCGCUGCCGACAGACACACAAGGCCCUCACCGCUGCCCUGCCCCCCUCGGUUGAGUUGGUGGGCGACCCGAUCAGCCCCAUCAAGCAUCUGCGCCUCGCCCCGCCCUGCCCCGAGGACCCAGACCAGGGCGAGGAGACCCUGCGACAGGUAGUGGAGCAGGCCCAAGAGGAGGGAGUUGCCCUGACUGUAGCCUCAUACAUCCGAAGCCAAGAGCGACAUCCUCCCCCUCCCUCCAUCCGUCUCGCACUGAACCUCCAGCUGACUGACCAGGACAUAAGUACCCUCACCGGCGCCAUCUGUCGGGCGGUGGAGAAAGUACUGGGCUGAGGAGAGAGAGAGAGAUGCUAGUAAGGGUAGUAAGAGAGAGUUUGUAGGAAAAUAGGAUCUUGUACAUUAGGGCCCCGUGGCUAGCAUCUUCUGUAACUAGCGAUUUCAAUGUUGCCUGAUUAUAUGUGAAUUGAUUUUAUUUAUUACUAUUCUUUUUGCAGCAAGAAUGAAGAUGCUGGUUGACUCUUGCAUAAGGGAUUUGGACAGGAUUGGGAUGAGCUUGAACAGAGAGUCAUAGGCAGGAGGAAAGGAAAGG